AUGGAUAAGAUGGCGCCUACUGAAGAGUCCCGCAAUCAUAACGAUUUGGAAAGUAGAGUUAAUGAGUCUAGCGUGUUGAUUGACGUGAAACGCGUCUUGGGAGAAAUCGAGAAUGGAGCUACUGAACAAGCGGCUUUUGAAGAGCCCACACCCCUGGAAAGUGAUGCCCAAGCUGUCAGCAUGGUGCACACGGAGAUUUUCGAGCAGGAUAACCCGUUUUCGGGCCAACAAGCACGCAGAGGUGAGACGAACGGAACUGGUUUAAAAGAUCAAAAACGGGUUUUGCAGAACCCAAACAAAGUGUUCGAAGAUGAUGAUGAUGGAGCACCGAUGCUUUUGGGACACGGAACCCGCAGUAGCAGCUCCGGAAGUAUCGAAAUGAGCCCUGCCGCGUCGGAUAAUGUGGAUCGCGGUGUACGGCGCCCAGGGGACGAAGUGUAUAUCCUGGAAGCCUCCAAGGCUUCAGAGGGCCAAGGACGCACUUUCAUUGCGUACACAAUCAAGCAUGGCGAUGCCACAGUUCGUAGGCGCUAUAGCGACUUCGAAAGUUUACGCAAGAUCUUGAUCAAGCUUUUCCCCAUGACAUUGAUCCCACCCAUUCCUGAGAAACAGUCCAUCACAAGUUUCGGACGGGCCAUGGCCGGCUCCAAAUCCAGCUACUUGCUGCCCUCAGAAACCGCAGGCUCGGUUGACUUGUCUCUCUCGGUCAUAAACGGUGCAGUAAACACAAACGAUGAAAAGCUUAUCAGACAUCGCAUAAGAAUGCUAACCAGUUUCCUGAACCGCCUUUUAAGGAAUGAAGAAAUAACAAAAACUUCUAUCGUCUCAGACUUUUUGGAUCCCAAUAACUCCAACUGGAAUGAUGUCAUCACUAGCUCCGCGACGAUAUCGUCGCUACCCAAAAGCGUUCUUCUUUGCAACCCACUGGACCCGACCAACACCACAAGGGCACAUGCAUUUCUGCCAAUUCCUUCGUCUUCCACACAGCUACUUCUCAAUAAGGAACUUCUCGCCAAUUCAGCACAAGACGACACCGAGGAUGGGUUUUCCAAGAUAGAACAAGAAUAUCGUCGUUAUGAACAUAUCAUGGAAAAUGGAUUUUACAAGUACAACAAAAGAAUCACCAAAAAUCUUUACGCUAUGCGUCAAGAUAUGAAGGAGCUAAGUGAAGCGUUCGCAGCAUUUUCCAACGAUCAAAAGCGCGGAGCAGAGCUAGCAGAGCAACUUUCACAUUUGAGCAACGUAUUUGACGAGUCCUCUCUAGAGUUGGAAUCAGUUGUCGGAAAACUCUACUACAACAUCAACGAGCCACUCAGUGAGGCUGUGCAUAUGGCCGGAGCAGCUCAGGAGCUACUGCGGUAUCGCAAACUCAAGAGCAUGCAGAAGAGCAUUCUUAGCAGAACUUUGCUGUACAGAAAGGCUCAAUUGAAAAAGCUUCAAGAGAAAGAGACCGAGGCCAAAAAGAUCGAUGCUUUUGUGGAACAGCAAUUGGCAGGUAGUGAGCACGUGAACCUCAAACAUCCAGAAGCGCGGUCCUAUAGCGGGAAACUCAUGAACAAGAUUAACAAGUUGGCCACCAUGGUCAAAGACACGGUAAACUAUCAGGAAAGCGACCCUGCAACGGCGAUCGAAAACUUGGAGAAGGACAUUGCUCAACUUUCAGAGUCACUAGACGUAAGCGAGCGGGAUCUCGAUACUAUUUCUACAACUAUCAAGAAUUUUGAGCUUCCGAAGUUUUGUACAAGUAGAAACAGCGAGGUAUCAGAGAUUUUGAAAAACUAUUCUCGGUACUUGAAAGCACAUGCCGAAAAGAACCUUAAAAUCUGGAAAGAUGUCAAGGAGCAACAAGGAAACGUUUCACGCAGUUGA